GAAAAAGAGAUAAUAAAGAAGAAGGAAAGCCCCCUUAUUGAUUCAAGUAAUUAACCCUCGGGCCUCGACGUCGCGAUUCAGAAAGAAGGUGAGAAAGAGGCGAAGAGGGUUCGAAGCUGCUCAGCUGAUCGUGAAUUCGGCGGAAAUUCCCCCAAAUUGAUUCAAAAGCGUAGGCGUGGAUGGAGGUACAGACAUGCGGGAAACCAAUUGACUCAUUGCUCGAGAGGGUGCUUUGUAUGAACAUUCUAUCUUCCGACUACUUCAAGGAGCUUUACCGGUUAAAGACGUACCAUGAAGUCAUUGAUGAAAUUUACAACCAAGUAGACCAUGUCGAGCCAUGGAUGACCGGGAAUUGCCGCGGUCCGUCCACUGCCUUCUGUCUGCUGUACAAGUUCUUCACCAUGAAGCUCACCGUUAAGCAAAUGCACGGUCUUUUAAAGCACGAGGAUUCGCCUUACAUAAGAGCGGUGGGGUUCCUCUACUUGAGAUAUGCUGCAGACCCAAAGACUUUGUGGAAUUGGGUUGAACCCUAUAUUAAAGAUGAUGAGGAAUUCUCUCCUGGUUCCAAUGGACGGAUGACAACUAUGGGUGUAUAUGUGCGCGAUUUGAUGCUUGGGCAGUACUAUUUUGAUACCCUUUUCCCCCGCAUCCCUGUUCCUGUUAUGCGGCAGAUUGUUGCUAAUCUUGAGAAGAUGAAACUCCCCACCAAACUAUCUGGUAUUACUGGAGAGGCUACCCGCCAUGGAUCUGAUGACACAGCUCGUCGCCCACCUUCUGUGAAAGCCGCUCUUUCAGUUUCCUUUGGUCAACGUGCUCCGCAUCGUGCUUCAACAAGGGACUCUUCACCUGUUCGUCGUACCUUACCGCCACCACCUUUUGACAAAGCCAGUAGUGAUGAUCAAACGACCCGUCGCAGUCAGAGCCGUGAAUAUUCUGACAGAGAAUAUUCAGACAGGGACAGGGGAAGGGACCGGGAUCGCAAUCGGGAUAGGGACAGUGAUCGGGAUCGAGAAAGAUACAAGGAACGAGAGCGGGACCGAGACAGAGCAAGGGAUAGAGUUAGGGAUAAGGAAAGAGAGCGAGAGAGAGAUAGAGAAGGAAGUUGUGAUUAUGAUCGGAGGUCCAAAUAUGGAGAGAGAGAAAGCCGAAGGGAUCCAUAUGAGAGUAGCCGUGAUGGCGGUAGGCAUUCCCGUAGGAGUAGGAGUAGGAGUAGGAGUAGGAGUCGGAGUCGGAGUCGCAGUCGCAGUAGAAGCAGGAGUAGAAGUGGGAGCUUGCAAGCGGGCACCACACGUGAUUGGAGCCAACAGAGAGAUGUAACCAAGGAUAGAACAUGUGCAUCUAGCAACCUGGCAAAACUUAGGGAUCUUUAUGGGGAUGUAAGUGACCAAAAAGGUGAUACCGGUAUGGAGAGGAUUCCCAGGGGAGAUGGUGGUGGUGAAGAGGUGAUUAGACUAGGCGGUUCUCGUUGGAAAUAGCGCGGGGAGAUUCUUGUCUUGGACCUGCUAUCGGAUCGGAUGUGUCAUUUGAGUCUUGUGGGCCGGACGGAUACUGUUUUGAUGAUCAUGAGCAAGGCAGAAAAUGUUAUGUUCCCAGGUGUUGUCUUUCGUUGCUCCAUGUAUACUAGACAUUAUUCGGAACUCGAGUCUUACAACUGAUCCUCAUGCGUUGGUUGUUGGGCAUAAUGUUAACUUUGUAACAGUAGUAUGUAAUGACUCAAUUUUCAGUAUCGUUUAAAGUCUC